AUCGAAAUCACAAUCGGGGAAAACUUUCCAUAAAUUGCAAAAAUGAAUCGUGCCUUGGGUACGUGCAAGCGGAAAAAAUUCUGGAUUGAUGGGACAUGUUUCGAACUGAGAACACUCAGCAAAAAAGCCAAGACAAGUCGAGACGUCCAAACAAUACAAAAUCCCAAAUACCUCAUUAAUAAAAAUGAUGAAGGAAAAUUUUUCACUAGUUUUGCGGUUCCACCAGUGUAUUACGCCCAGCUCAAAAAAUUCCCUCAUUGGGACUUGAAAAUUCUUGAAAACAACACAAAAACCAACAUUACAAUUCCAGCCAGUGGCAAUCUAGUCAUUAUUGGCGAAAACGAGGAAACUAUAACUGAAGCAAGGGAUGAAAUCCAUUCAGUUCUCGGAGAAAUUAGAGACCACCUUAGGGCCCUCCAGUUUAUUUCAAUGCCAACACGAAACGAUGAAAUUAUUACGAAUUUUAACAAAUUCAAAGACGAUAUUUUAAACGGCGACAAAAUAGAAGGAAUGCACGAAUCAAUAUUUAUAAGUCCUCUGAAGUUGCAUUUAACUGUGGUAGUUUUUACUUUAUUGGACGAUCACGAAAAAUUAGAAGCCAUUAAAGCGUUACAAGAUUAUAAAAAUAUGAUACUCGAUCCCCUAGUUAAAAAAACAGGUCCUAUAAGAAUAAAAAUAUCAGGAGUUGAUUGCAUGAACACUAAUUUGAAAAAAGUGGACGUUCUUUACGCAAAACCAACGAUCGUUGGAGAAAAUGAAGAUUUUAAUUUGCAGAAACUGGCCAAUGACUUGUCUGAUCAUUUUUACGAGAGAGGCCUUGUAAGGACAUACCAAGACAAUGUGAAAUUACACAUGACUUUAAUUAACACGAAAUAUCGUAAAGAAAGUGGAUCACCCAAGAAAGAACUCGGCACUCCUAAGAAAAAAAGAUGGGUGAAGAAACAAAGCUUCGAUGCGACAACAAUUAUGGAAAAAUACAAGGACUUUUAUUUUGGUGAAUGUCCUUUAGAUGCCAUCCACUUGUCUCUGAUGGGUUCUGUGGGCGAUGAUGGGUUUUACCAACCCAUUUCUAUCAUUAAACCAGAAUAGAAUAUUUUUUAAUAUAUGUACCGCAAGAAAAAGUACAAUUUUAAAAAAUUUUAAGGUUAUAGAAGCUUUGAUAUAACCUCAAAAAAAUGGAAUUUGACAUUGAAACUUGUGAUAUCUGCACAAAAAAUUAUUUUAAGCCUCCUGGUGUACCUAUUUUAAAUAAAGAACUGAGCUAUGAAGAA